UUCUAUGUUGACUGCUUUCCUUUCCUUUGGACUUUUUCCACCUUUUAUCAAAGAGCUCAGUGUUGACGGAGCGGAGACAAGAGGGAGGAGCUUUUGUUUGCUUUGUUAGCUUUAGAGUUAUUUAUCUGUUUUUCUGUUCAACAGGUAUUAUCUUGUUUUUGUUGCCUUUUUUGAAAAAAAUCGCAUCAUCUCUGUCUGAGCAUUGAGGAAGGGAUCAUCUCCCUCCGUACAUAGCUGCUGCUCUCUCCAGCUUAUACACAAACACACACACACACAAACACUCACACACACACACCUGCUGUUGCUGAGGAUUCCCCAGGAACGCAGUCAUGGGCAUCUGCGUCACUGUUGUUGCUUGAGGGGAUCUGUGCGUCCGUGCAGCUGUUAUCUGGAGGUGGCCUCCUCGCUGAACGCUGCAGUAGAACCUGCCUGUUCAGGGUCAAGGAGGCGAGAUGUCAUCCUACUACCCACGCACCAAGGACCUGACCCGCACCAGAAAGUCCCUGACAGAGUCUCCACCGUCCUCUCCGCCCCCUACAGACAAAAACUACAGACAUGAAAGACUGUCGAGAUACGACUCCAGUGGAGAGAGUGCGACGGACAGACCACUGGGCCGUACCAGCUCGUACACACGCAGAGAGACCAGACUGGCCUCGCUGGGUAAAGACCCAGACUCCAGCGCCAAAGACUACAAGAAGAUGUAUGCUGAAGCUUUGCACGAGAACGACCGGCUCAAGUCCAGGUUGAACGACAGCAAACAAGAACUGGUCAAGAUUCGCUCUCAGCUGGAGAAAGUCACUCAGAGGCACGAGAGGAUAUCAGAGAAGUCUUCGGCACUUGAGUCGGAGAAAAGGGAAAAACAAGCACUUGAGAAAAGAGUGUCAGACAUGGAGGGGGAGAUAAAGAUCUUAACAGAGCUCAAGUCAGACAACCAGAGGCUAAAGGAUGAGAACGGGGCGCUCAUCCGAGUCAUCAGCAAACUGUCGAAAUGAAAUGAUAUGUGAGGCCCUAUGUUCUCUGUGUGUGGACACUCCGACCCUGAAACAGCAGUUUCAUUUUCCCCAGAUAUCACCAGUCGUGACUCCUCUCUGAGUUAUGGUGGAUAAUGGUGAUUGGCCAUCUUGGCUGCAGAAAUAAAUUCCCACUGGCGACUGGUGAAGUUCUAAAAGGUGUUUAGAAGUUUUAAGACAUGUUUCACAAUGUACGCUGGAGUUACAAUCAUU